AUGCGGAUUGAGCAGUGUUCCUUUUGCGGGGCCCCGAUCUACCCCGGGCACGGCCGCGUCUUCGCCCGGAACGACUGCCGCGUCUUCCGCUUCUGCGCGUCGAAGUGCGAGCGGUCGUUUGGGAUGCGGCGGAACCCGAUGCGGACGCGCUGGACCAAAACCUUCCGCAAGGCCCACGGGAAGGAGCUCAGCAUCGACGCCACGAUGGACUUCGAGCGGCGGCGGGAUGUCCCGGUGAAGUACAACCGCGAGCUCCUCGGGACGACCCUGGCGGUGAUGAAGCGGGUGGAGCGGGUGCGCGAACGGCGUGCCGAGGAUCUUUGGCAGCGGCGGAUGCGCCGCGCGCGGGUGCAGGACCAACGCGAGGCCACCAGCGCCCUCCACCACAACAUCGACUGGAUCGAGGAUCUCGAGGUCAAGCACGCCGCCCGGGAUGACCUCGUCGCGAUGGGGCAGGAAAAGGAGGCGAAGCAGACGGCGCGCCGAGAGGCCGCUCGCAAACGACGUCAGCGCCAGCGCGAGGUGGAGAAGGCGAGCGGGGUGGGCUCCGCGACCUCGGCAAAGAAAUGGUAA